CAGCGUCUGUCCUCCGCGUGCUCGUGUGCGCAGCGUGUGAGUGUGUGAUGAACAGAUGAAACGCUCUCGGGAUUUAACGCUUGUUUUAAAGAUUAUAAUGAUUAAAUGAUCAUAUCAAUCUCUUAUUUUGUAUCUGAUCGGUGAGUUUAAUGAUGAGGAAACAGAAGUUCAGCAGCGGUUUGUCCGAUAAAGUCCGCAAGUCUAAAGCGGCUCCGGAGAUUCAGAAAAACCCGUUCGAGGUGAAAAUCAACCGCAAGAAGUUCGAUGUUCUGGGCCGCAAGAGUAAACAUGACGUGGGUCUGCCGGGAGUCUCGCGAUCCAAAGCCAAUAAGAAGAGGAAGGAAACUCUCCUGAAGGAGUUCAGAAUGAAAGACAAGAACAACAAAUUCGUUGACAGACGCUUCGGUGAAUAUGAUAAUAAAAUCACACCUGAGGAGAAAAUUCUGCAGAGAUUCACACUGGAGAGACAGCGUACUCACGACAGGAAGGACAUGUAUAAUCUGAAUGAGGAAGAGGAGCUGACGCAUUACGGUCAGUCUCUGGCAGAGUUGGAGAAGAUGACGGAUGUGAUUGACAGCGACAGCGACUCAGAGGAGAAGGGACUGCUGUCAGCUGAGCUGACCGCGACGCAUUUCGGCGGCGGUGGAGGUUUGCUGAGGAAGAAGAGCGCUGGAGAUGAAGGUGACGAACACAAACCGAAGUCACGGCAGGAACUGAUCGAAGAACUCAUCGUCAAAUCCAAACAGGAAAAGCACGAGCGUCAGACUCAGAAGGAGGAGGCGCAGGUGCUCACGGAGAAACUGGAUCAGGAAUGGAAAUCCAUCCAGAACCUUCUGGCCCACAAAACCCCGAAAGCGACGAAAGACGAGGCGGACAAACCCAAGCUGGAGGAGUAUGACGUGAUGGUGCGAGAGCUGGGCUUUGAGAUGAAGGCUCAGCCGUCAGAGAAGCUGAAGAGCGCCGAGGAACUCGCUCGAGAGGAGAGACUCCGCCUGCAGACGCUGGAGGCCGACAGACUGAAGAGGAUGAUGGGAGAAGCUGAGGGGGAAUCAGCUCAGACAGACACACACAUCUCUGCUGAUGAUAUCAAUGAUGGAUUCGUACUGGAUAGUGACGAGCGCAAAACACUCGCUUACAAGGACGGCAAAUGGAACAUCGAGGGCGAGGAGGAGGAGAGAGAGGAGGAGGAUGAUGAAGAGGGAGGAGAGGAAGAGCAUGAGACUGGUGUAGAUGAUGAUGAGGGUGAAGAGGAGGAGGAGGAUGAUGAUGAAGACGCAGGAGAGGAUGAUGAUGGAGAUGAUGAUCACUGUGACCUGCAGUCUGACGAGGGCAGUGAGGAUGAGGACGAUCAGGGCGCUGAGGAAGAGGAGGUCAGUGUUGAAGCAGUGGUCAGCGAGGAGCAGAGGAGAGCCGCACAGGAAGCCGCAAAAGCAGAACUGCCGUACACAUUCACAGCCCCAGAGAGUUACAGUGAUCUGCAGUCGCUCCUGCAGGGUCACAGUUCAGAGCAGCAGCGCCUCAUACUGGACAGAACGGUCAAGUGUCACCAUCCCAGUCUGGCCACAGCAAACAAAGCCAAACUACAGAGGUUGUUCGGCUUUCUGCUGGAGUAUGUUGGUGAACUCGCCACCCAGAAUCCUCCUGAUCUCAAAACCGUCAACGCACUCAUCCCUCAGAUCUACAGUCUGUGUCAGCUGUUUCCGGAGGCCGCCUGUAAAGCCGUGCAGACGUUGCUCAGCGACAGCGCUCACAGCAUGGAGGAGACGCUGGAGGUCAAAGGUCGCGCUGCGAUGCCCAAUCUGGACAUGUUGGUCCUUCUGAAGAUCACAGCGCUGUUGUUCCCCACAUCAGACUUCAGGCAUCCGGUGACGACGCCAGCGUUCCUCUACAUCAGCCAGGCGCUCACCAAGUGUGUGGUGGUCUCUCUGGAGGACGCGUGUAAGGGUUUGAUUCUCUGCUGUCUGGCGCUGGAGUUUGUGUCUCUGUCUCAGAGGUUUUUCCCAGAACUGCUGAACUUCCUGCUGGGGCUCCUGCACCUGACGGUCCCCGACAAGAGCAGCACAGGUUAUACGGUGGUGAGUCCGUUCAGACAGCAGGGGAAGAACUGUGAUCUGCUGGUUCUGACGGAUCCAAACGCAUCUCACAGCUGGAACAGGAAGCCCAUGUCACUGCAUACAGCUCACAGAAGUCCAGCGGAGAGAGACCACUGCAGGCUGUCGCUUCUCGACUCGUGUCUGGAUCUGGUGAAGCGAUGCACGUCACUCUAUAAGCACCUGACGUCAUACGGUCCAAUUUUUCAGCCAAUCAGAACACUGCUUCUGAACCAUCUUCCUGUUGAGCUCUACCCCACCUGUAUACAGGAUCUUCACAGAGAGAUAUUAGAUGCCAUUCCUGAAGAGCCUUCCCAGCAUGCACCUCUGGUGUUCAAGAAGAAGAAACCCAUCCCACUGAAACUCCUCACACCUAAAAUUGUGCAAAUUCUGGAUUACGGUAAAAAGCGAGGGAACACCAAAGAAGAGAAGGAGCGAGAGCGACUCAAGCACAAGUACAAGCGCGAGUUUAAGGGAGCGCUGAGGGAGAUCCGGAAGGACACUCGGUUCCUGGCUCGGGAGAAACUCAAUGACGUCAUGAGCAGGGAUGCGGAGAGGAAGAGGAAGGUGAAGGAGCUCUUCGGCAGUCUGGCCAAUCAGGAGGGAGAAUGGAAGGCCCUCAAGAGGAAGAAGAGGAAGUGAUGCUGUCAUGAACUGCUUAAAUACUCUGAUAAACUGCACAGGUUUUGUAUUUUGUGACAUGAUGAGAAAUAAAAGGAAACUUUUGUGCA